UGGUCUUUGCAUUGGUUAUGCUUCUCCAAAAUCUCGAGGAGACAGAGUUACACGCUGUUAGUGUGCUAAUCAGCCUUUCUGCAGCCUCUUCUAGAAUAAUAGUACAGAUGCUGAAUACUCGCAUGCUUGAGAUAAUAUGCUGCCACACAAGAUAAGACUCUUAAGCAGUGGGAGAAAUUUCCUGUCAAGAUUUUCCUCAGAGCCUGUUUCAAUUAAAAUCCAGGGAAACUUAGGAGGAUCUUGUUCCACAAGUCACAAGAUUCAGAGUAUCCUGGUACCUACUGUCAGGAGAAGCUACACCACCUCUGCACAAACUCCAUUUUUAAAAUCUUGUCACUAUGAUAAAUCAAGCAGGGUUGUACUGGACAGGUUGCAGGGACAGAGAAGCGAAGUGUUGCAACAAAUGGUGAACAAUAUCCACUCUCAAAGUGGUAUUUUAAGGACAACAAGUUCUGUAACAUCAUGCAAAGCUUGUCUCCAUCAUUACCACACAUCAGCUCGAAGACAGGUUAUCAAUGAUGAAGACGGGUCAGCUAGCAAGGAGAGCUGGUUUAGGAAACACAAGAUGCAGUUAAAAUCUGCUCCACCAGCAGCACUUGUCCUGGGAUUCUCUGGGUUGAUACCUUUCAUCGCUCCUGCAGCUUACUCCAUCAUCACUUUCUCCUGUGGACCUCAAGUGGCCUUUGCCCAGGUGGCCUAUGGUGCCUGCAUCCUCUCCUUCUUAGGAGGUGUCCGCUGGGGAUUCGCCAUUUCUCCUCCAGAGACCCCAACCUCCCUGAGCCUCGUCAUCAGUGUACUGCCCUCGCUUGUUGCUUGGACAGGUCUCAGUAUGCCCAUCCAGCCUGGUCUUGUCUGCAUCAUCACAGGCCUUGCGCUGGCAGGGAUCGUGGACUCUCGCUUUAAGUCCUUCCCGUCAUGGUUCCGCUCCCUAAGGUUUCUCCUCACCACCUUUGCUAUCCUCUCUGUCUCGGUGACCUUUGGAUUCAGUGUACUCUACCCGCCUCCUGAGCCAGAGCAUGGUUAUAACUUCAAGAAGCUUAUCAAGAUUGCCCAAAUAAUUGUGCAAGAUUAAGGAGAAAUAAUUUUCAAAUUCAGAUUAGGAAAAAAAAUUCAGAUUCUUGAAUAUUUUUUAUUUUCCCCUUUUUUUUAAUCUUCUCUGACUCCAUACAUGUAGAUACACUUUUACCUGUGCUAAAUACUGGCUACAGUACUUAUGCCCCUGAACAAAACAUUUACCAGUACAUUGAUUUUAACUCCCGUUGGAUGGUGAUGUAAAAGGUUGAUCUCCGACGUUAAAACAAAUUCAUACCCGAUUAGUAGACAUCUGUACAAAAUCAGAUAACUUGAUCAUUGUGACAGACUGGCAGGCUAGCCUAACAGCAAGGACUACACAAAAUAAUGUUUUUAUGUCU